AUGGAUGCAGAUUUUGGCUUUAAUCUUUGCCGCGGUUGGCCCUAUCGGCUAAAGUCGACUCCGACUUGCCGCAGAAAUGAUGAAAAACCAUGCAUCUUCCUCACCGCCAUCAACCACAGCAACAAAUACAAGGGCAGGAACCUCAAAACCCACGGCUUUCCUCCCGAUGAAGUUGCCACAUUCAACACCCCCAAUGGCAACCUGUUCAAGCUGAACUUCUACAUAUUCCUAUACCUCGGCACGGGAGCCACGGAAAUGGGACAGCAAUACUUGCAUACGUUCAUUUUAUGA